GUGCAUGCGCGGCGGCUGCGGGAGGCGGCGCGGAGCCGUGCCAUGGCGGCCCCACUGCCGGCCCCGACCCAGUCCCUGUCCCCAUCCCCGUCCCCAUCGUCGCCCCGCGGCCCGGCCUGGCGGCUGCGGCAGCUGUGCCAGCGCUACCAGGACUACGUGAGGCGGCACCCGGCCGCCACCGCCCAGCUGGAGGGCACCGUGCGCGGCCUCUCCUACCUGCUGCCAGGUCGCUUCGCGGAUGCCCACGAGCUGUCGGAGCUCGUGUACUCGGCCUCCAACCUGCUGGUGCUGCUGAACGACUGGAUCCUGCGGAAGGAGCUGCAGCGCAGCCUGCCCGUGUCACUGCCCCAGCAGAAGCUGCGGACCUGGCUGAGCGUGCUAGAAUGUGUGGAGGUCUUUGCAGAGAUGGGGACAGCCAGGAUGUGGGGGGAGAUGGGCCGAUGGACCAUCAUCGUCCUCAUCCAGCUGGCUAAAGCCAUCCUUCGCCUCCUGCUCCUGCUGUGGUACAAAGCUGGCAUCCAGACGUCUCCUCCCAUAGUGCCGCUGAACAGGGAGCAGCAGCAGCCUUUCCAUCCCGAAGACAUGGAAGGCAACUCCUCAGGGAAGGAUCAGACCUAUGUUGGCAAGCGUUCUAGCCGUGUUGUGCGGUCUCUCCAGAACACUCCAUCCCUGGAGUCCAGGCACUGGGGGUCCCCCCAGCAGAGGGAGGAGACGCAGAACCGAAGAGCAGAGGAGAUGAACCAGCCUCCCACCCCCCUGGGUCUCCAAGAAACCAUUGCAGAAUCGAUCUACGUUACCCGUCCUCUGCUUCACUUAUUGAGUUUAGGAGUGUGGGGCCAGAGAUCAUGGAAACCCUGGCUCCUCUCAGCAGUCCUGGACAUCUCAAGUCUGAGCUUGCUGAGUGAUCUGAAAGACCUGAACAGGCGAGAGCGAGCGGAGCUGAGGCGACGAACCAUCCUGCUGCUCUACUACCUGUUGAGAUCUCCUUUCUAUGACCGAUACUCAGAGGGCAGGAUCCUCUUCCUCCUGCGCUUGUUGGCUGAUUACGUGCCUGGAGUUGGCUUUAUCACACGGCCGCUGAUGGAUUACUUACCUGCCUGGCAGAAAAUCUAUUUCUACAACUGGGGCUGAUGAGGAAAUGAUGAUUCUUAUUUGCUAAGCUCAUGGCUGGAUGUUUCUAAGGAGGGCAAGCAGGCUGGGGGAAGGGGUGUUGAUAACGAUUAAUUUUUAGUUAAACCAUCAAUGAGAAGCUCCUGAUCUGCAGGGUGGGGAGGGGGGUGUAUGUAAUUUUUAAACAGAUCUUACUGAAUGAUGGACACUACAUGUGCGGAGAGACCCUGGCCACCUCUUUCUGUGGACAGUGCUGUGGCUCCAGUGAUGGUGACGGGACGACCUUUUUUAAGCACUUGAUUUUUUUUUUUUUCCUCCUUUUGUACAGCUGCACUAUCAUAAAGCCAGGCAGCGUAGUGAUUUUUGGAGAGCAUUGUCUCCCACCUCACGGCGCUGAGGUUGACCUGCAGCCUGCUUGUGUUGGCCGUGCCUGGCCAUUCUGCGUGGAGCGGGCUUGUCUGUCAAAUAAACUGUCUGAACUGAAAGA